CUGACAACAAGAAAUUAAAGCGGAAAUGUGGUCAAGAAAAUAAAUAAAUGAAUAAUGAACGCUAUGUUUAUCUACACUGACUACAGAAACAGAAAAUGUAAUCUGCCCUAAAAAGGCAAUGUUUUAUUGGAGGAACAAUGCCAAUAGAGGAGAUGAUUUCUGCAUUGUAAAACCAUGACCACCAUCAGCAGUUCUAUUCAGAACUACGUCGAUUUUAAACCCAGUAGUUUGAAAUCACAGGAUGAAAAUGAUUUCAAAAGAGACACAACAAAUAACAGUGAACUAGAGAUACUUGUCAAGCGCAAGCAAGAUGAAGUUACAAGAAAAGCUCGCCAUCAUUGGGGUCUCCUGAGAGAAUCUGUCUGGGCAGUAACCAAGAGAGUAGAAGAGUCUGAUAUCAAGGACCUAGUACUGAGCCAUGGCAUACACAGAGAAAGAAAACUGAAUCAUCACAAGAACAUAAUUCAGGUUUUACACAUCCCAGAAUAUAAGGAAUAUCUGACAUUCGAUGGACAAGCGUUUCGUUUUUUCCAUGAAGAUGGUUUAAAGAAAGACGUCUCACAACCUGAGGUUAAAAUCAAUCGGGUCGUUUUCUGUAAGGAGACAAAUCAGUUUGUGGGUUGGCUUCAGGAUCAAUCAGAUCUCUAUUUGAUGUCAAAAGAGUUUGUUGUUGCAUCUCAGUCCAAAGCAGUAGGAAAUAUCCUGAUAGGUGUUUAUAAUGAAAAGAAAGGGGAGAUGAUUACAGUUGGACCAUACUUCAUUACAUCGUGGUCAUUUCGUUAUGGAGCCAGAUACCUGACCCCCAGAAAAACUACCAUGACAAACUUUGGUGGGGACCAGAUGUUUACUGACAUGGUGCUAGAGGAAACUGCGAGCAAGUCACAGAGGAUGUUUUUCAUUUUGGGAUGUGGUCUUGUGGUUUAUAAUGUCUUCUCUGGCCUGGAGGUGUGUAGAAAAAAGGACCUCCACAACCAGCCUAUCACAGCUCUGGUAUUUUUCAACCCUCUGAAAUAUCUCAUCACAGGGGCUAAGGAUGGAUGCAUUAAAGUCUGGGAUGGGAACUGGAAAGUUCAGAUGGUUUUUGUCGGCCACAGUAAAGCCAUCAACUUUUUAAGAAUCUACCCCUAUGGCUCAGCCUUCAUCUCAGCUUCCCUGGACUGCACCAUUCGUGUCUGGAGUAUGGAAACCUUUGAUGAGAUUGACAAGACUGUCGUCAGUGAACCAGUUGAAGGGAUGGGCACUCAGACAGACUAUGACAUCAUUUACACCCACGCAGGCAGGAGGGUGGACCUCUGGCGGCUACAGCAUCUCCUACAGAUGCAUACCAACAUUGGCUACAGAGUCACACGAAUCAAAACAACAGACCACCCGUGUUUUCCCCGGCGAGCUGUUCUGUUGUGUCGAGAUUCAAGCGUCCGCUUGGUGUGUCCAGCUAAUGGAGAGGUCAUCACAACCCUGCUGAUGAAACCAACAGAUGGGUUAGUGGAUGCUGCCUACGCCAUAGCAGAAGAUCUACUGUUUGCCCUAAUGGCUAAUGGAGAUAUUGUCAAGGCCGCAACUGAUCAAAACCCAUGCCAUGUUUUAGAUAGAUGGAAGUGCAAUACUCCAACAGAAAUGUGUGUCUGCCUCCUGUUGUAUGAGUACGUAGUUGACCCAACUGAGACUAAAACUCCUGGCACACCAAAGGCAGGUGCAGUGAAGAACAACAGAAACAGAACUCUUUUACUUGGAGGCAGAAAGGAUGGCAGCAUUUGUGUGUUUAACUGGCACACAGGGGAGAUCACCUUCACAGUUUCAGCCCAUGGUGACAAAGGUGUCAUCAGCAUGGUGUCCAACACCAAACAUGAUCAGCUGAUCACAGCAGGGAAAGACAAUAUUAUAAAAAUCUGGAGAGUUUACCCAUUUGCUGAAGAAGCUUUGGCCCCAGUGUUGUCAUUUUACUGUGCCCACACACCAAGUCACAUGUCUGUGGUAAAGACCAAUCUGUGUGUGGCAUUUCAAGACAUCUCCACGGCAACAUACAGCAUUGUGUUGUACAAUCUCCUAGACAACAGUCGUAAUGAUCACAGGCCAGAUGAUGACCAUAUGGACAACAUAACCAGCUUGUCGUCCUGCCCACGUAUGAAAAUCUACGCAUCAUCCUCCAUGGAUGGGACUAUACACAUAUGGAACCAUAACAAUGUGCUUAUUAGAUUGUUGAAAAUCAACACCAUCCCCCACAGUGUGGCUUUCUGUAGCUCUAAAGGUGAUUUGUUGGUGGGUGUCAACAACCACCUCUACUUCAUCUCACACACCAAGUACCUGCCUAGAUCCUACCGCAGAAAACAGGUGUGUAUGAAGUUCCUACCAACCAAAACUGAGGAGCCCAUUGAGUACAGUGAGAACAGGCUGAGGGCCAUGGACAAAACUGAUGUCAACAGACUCAAGCAUGCUCAUGCUUCAUUCAGGUUUUCACACUUUGUUGAUAUUCUGUCUCCCGAAGAAGAAGAUGCAAUAAUGCAAGAGAAGAUAAUCAAAGAAAAGGCGUAUGGACUGCUAGAGAUGAGAGAGAAUGAGAUAGAACAGAUCAGAGAUGGGGCUCUCAUUACCCACAACAAACCUAAACCAAGUAAAAGGACACAGAACAAAGCUUUCAAAGAGUACAUGAAGAUCUAUUACAACAAGGAGAGAAUUAAGCUUCCAAAGGAUGAAGAGUUCCCUAGAGACAGUGUUAAGAAAAAACUGGAUCAGGAACUAAAGGCAUUUGAAGGAAAUGUAAAAGAAGAAGAAAAAAAGUACAGACCUGAAUCCCCUCCCCUUGGUUUCUUUGCUGAGCUAGGGCAGAUGAGACAGAUGAGUGACCCCCUGUCCACACAUGCCUGUUUCCCCACCCACCUCUCUGGCUACCUGCCCAACUCAGUCCUGCUGAAAAUUCUGUACCCCCCACCCCAGCCUAAAGAGGAGGAGCUGGUCAAGGCACCCUACCAGCCCCCCAAACUGACACGCAAGCAGUUGGCUGAGAUCCAGAGCCUGUAUCCACGAAGGACAAUUAGAGUUGAUUCUGAUGACCUUGAACCUGAAAUAAGCCGAACUGUGACCUUUGAUGAGCAUGUCACAAGAGUAUUGCAGGUCGACCUUAGUGAUGAUGAGGAAGAAAAAACAGCAGACUCAGAAUCUGUGUUUCAAUCUCGCGAGUCCACUGAUGCCAAAAUGAAAGAUACACCAUCAGUUAAGUCACCAGCCAGCACUGAAAAAUCAGCCUCAGUUUUAUCAGGUCCCCAGAGAACCAGUUCCUCUCUGAUCCAACAAAGGAUGCUGCAACUAAAGAAGAAAAAAACUGUCCAGAUCAAAGACCCAGAAUCCAGUGAUGAGGAAGACAUGUUUGCCAAGGGAAGUAACUCCCAGAAGUCCUCUCUAAUGUCCAGAGUUCAAGAAAUCAUGGAGAAGCCACCUCCAGUCAAAGAACCAGUUGUUAAACCUCCUGAGAAAAUCAAAGAAGUCACAGAGCCUGUCAAGAAGAUGGCCACGCCCCCUCCUGUGGAACCAAUCAAACGUCUGGCACCAGUUCCAGCCAAGCCAGUGAUCAAGUUGAUCAGCCAACCCCCCAAACCCCAGCCUGUGGCCCCACGCUCCCCGACACCACCACCUCCCCCCACACCUCUACCAAACUUCAUCAAACAGUUUGUGGGAACUGAGUGGUUUGACAAGUAUUUUCCUAACUGUAAUGAAAAUACCUUACCCAAACCAUGGACCGGGGACCUGCUGGUCAACAUGAUUGUGAAGCUGCUGCGCAUUGCUGAAUGGCUGCACAAAAUAGCCGUCACCGAGGCCAUCCUGACCAUCUACAACUCCGAGGGCCUCAGCGACUCCGUCACACUGACUGUGGUGAAAACUCUGCUGUCGGUGCUGAAUCACCACGCCAACCCACCCAACUGUGGGGUGGGGGAGCAGAAGGAUUUUAUCUUGACGGCUUUGAGAGCUCUGUCGGCUUUUGCUGUGAGGGACAAGGAUGUGAUUGCUGAGUUGAUUGCGCAGUUCUUGGACGGGGAUAUGGUUGUCAGGUCAGCUGUCCUUGAAGUGAUGGCCAGUCUGGGCAUGGUUGACCCCCACAGGCAGUUCCAGAAGGAACUGGACACCUGGGACAUUUGGAGUUUUGAUGAGAAAACUCACGCGGAGGAGGUUCGCAAGAUGGUCCAUAACUGGCUGGACAGAUGGAUGACAGCUUACAAGAUGAGGAUAGAAGACACAGUGGAAAAACUCAACAAAGGGCAGUCACUGCAAGGACGUUUAUCUACAGUUGCUAGUGACCGGAAAGGAAGUGUCAGACCAGGUGAUGUUGAGACUUCAUCUAAACAUGGAAGUUUGAAGGUUCCAGAAUCUUCUAGAACAGGGAGGACAUCUUCAAUGUCUUAUAAUAGUGUAACAGUAACACUGGACAAGGUGAACGGCUCCUCCAUCAUGGAAUCUGUCACGUACAUCGAUGCCAUCAGUUACUUCUGUGAGGUCAUGAUGGAGAAAGAGCUGGAGGCGCUGAAGAGGGGCGAGGUGUUCCGCAGUAAAGAAGGGGAAGUUGUUACCCAAAAUAAGAACACUGUUCUUGUUCUUCCGAAAAUUGCCCACAAACCUGCCCUGACCCGCCUGGGUGAAACACACACCAGUAAAUGUAGAGCUGACCGCGAAACCUCCUUACACACAGAAUUCAGAAUGCCACCAAUCAUAGCCAGAGGUAAACAGCUAGCACCUGGCACCCUGACAGGCUUUGUGUCCUGCAUCAACCUGCCCAUGAAGUCCGUCCACCUCAACCCGUUCCCGUCCCCUGCAGACCUCCACAGGGCCCUGCUACAGCAGCCCAUCCUCAUCACACUCAAAUCUGCUCAGAAAUAUUUCAUCCCCUCCCAGAGUUACGUGGACGACUACCCCACCUCUAGCCUGGUGGUCUGACCUGCUCCAACAGCCCAUCCUCAUUACACUCAAGUCUGCUCAGAAAUAUUUCAUCCCCUCCCAGAGUUACGUGGACGACUACCCCACCUCUAGCCUGGUGGUCUGACCUUGACCUAAUAACCUGAAUUUGAUCUUCCUGACCUUGUAGUCUGACUGACAUCUCUUGAACUAUGACCUUUUAGUAUGACAUGUCUUUAUGUUUAAAAUGUGUCUAUGAUUAUUAAAGUAGUAGAUAUAAGUAUCUAAUGAAUGGACCAAAAAGUAACAUAAUUAAAAUUGUGCACAAUAAUAGUGGAUCUAAUUGCUUAUGUAAUGUUGGACAAUAAUCUUCAAUCUAGUAACUUACAUAUCAUUGAUCUUAUGAUUACUUAAAAAAAAUAACUGCUCAUCUGUGUCUGGCUGAGGUCAUAGUUAAUGUAAAAUAUUUCUUUCUAGUUCUUGAAAAUACAAGUUAAGCCCAUUUUUAAAAAUAUUCUUGUCUGUGAUAUAGAUAAUGUAUGCCAUGACAGUAAAAUAUUUUAUAAAACAACACAAACUUUCAGUAUUUAAUUGUCUGUGAUUAUAGAGUUUGACUGAUUCAGUGGCCAUAUAGAGUGGUUUGUAAAUUAAAAGUAAUUAUUUAUCAA